UGGACGGCGCACGCGUCAAGGGGUCCUCUGCGAUGCGACUCGGCUCUUAAAAGGGUAAGAGCUUGGUUCUCGAGGUGCCGCGAAUCUUCGAACGCAAGCGCGUUAUUAUCUACAGACUCUGAAAAGCAUCCGAGGAACGCGGACACCCGCCCUCGCAUUCCCAGCGCCGUGCUGUCCGCGGACCGGCGCCACAUGUACCAUGGCCCUCGUGUCGGCAGAUUCCCGCAUCGCAGAACUGCUCACCGAGCUCCAUCAGCUGAUCAAACAAACGCAGGAAGAGCGCUCGCGGAGUGAGCACAACUUGGUGAACAUCCAGAAGACCCACGAGCGGAUGCAGACGGAGAACAAGAUCUCUCCCUAUUACCGGACAAAGCUGCGCGGCCUCUACACAACCGCCAAAGCCGACGCCGAGGCCGAGUGCAACAUCCUCCGGAAAGCCCUGGAUAAGAUUGCGGAAAUCAAGUCUCUGUUGGAAGAGCGGCGGAUCGCGGCCAAGAUCGCGGGCCUGUACAACGACUCGGAGCCCCCGCGGAAGACCAUGCGCCGGGGCGUGCUGAUGACGCUGCUGCAGCAGUCGGCCAUGACCCUGCCGCUGUGGAUCGGGAAGCCUGGUGACAAGCCGCCCCCACUCUGCGGGGCCAUCCCGGCCUCCGGGGACUACGUGGCCAAACCUGGAGACAAGGUGGCUGCCCGGGUCAAGGCCGUGGACGGGGACGAGCAGUGGAUCCUGGCCGAGGUGGUCAGUUACAGCCACGCCACCAACAAGUAUGAGGUCGAUGACAUUGAUGAAGAAGGCAAAGAGAGGCACACCCUGAGCCGGCGGCGCAUCAUCCCCCUGCCCCAGUGGAAGGCCAACCCCGAGACGGACCCCGAAGCCUUAUUCCAGAAGGAGCAGCUCGUGCUGGCCCUGUACCCCCAGACCACCUGCUUCUACCGGGCCCUGAUCCACACACCCCCACAACGGCCCCAGGAUGACUAUUCGGUCCUGUUUGAAGACACUUCCUAUGCAGAUGGUUACUCCCCUCCCCUCAAUGUGGCCCAGAGGCCUGUGAGCACCCAGGCCCUGCAAAGUCUUGCUGUCACUUCCAUCUGUCCCACCAGAGCAUGAGGUUGAGGACUUCUCCCCCUCUGAGAUGAGACCAGGCUUUUGGGGAAGUGAGAACAUCUUCCCAGAAGAGAGGGCCAAAGCUGGGUUGGCCCCAGCAGCC